ACACCGCUUUUCAACUUCUUGUUCUUCAUCCUGGGUUUCAUGAUUGUGGUGCUCGGCUUCGGCAUCUACGCGCGAAUCAAGCAGGGCGACUACGAUUCGGCGCUGGUCAUUAUUGACGCUGGCACGUCGCAGUGGGAGAGCUUCGGCUCGCUGUGCAUCGCCGUCGGCGUGUUCAUCGCCCUGCUGGGCGGACCCGGCUGCAUCGGCGCUGGCAAAGAGCACCGCGACUGCCUGGUGUUCUUCACCAUCUUGGUUGCUCUGAUCUUCAUUCCGGAAGUGGCCGCCGGCGGUCUUGGCCACCACUAUCGUGGAAAGCUCGACGAUAAGAUCAACAUGAACCUAAACAAGACACUUAAUGAGUACGUAGAUGACCAGAAGAUGAGCGUGAACGGCAGCAAGAUCAUCACCAGCUGGGACAAUGUCCAGCACACGUUCAAGUGCUGCGCUAUCCACGGGCCUGCGGAUUACAAAAAUCGUGGCGGCACAACCCCGGCAUCGUGCAACGCGGACAAGGACACGAUCAAGGGCUUGUACCAGCAGGGUUGCAAAGAGAAAGUCUUCGAUGCGUUCACCGACCACUGGAAGGAAUGGGCCGGCGCAGUUGUGGGUAUAGCCGUAGUGCAGCUUCUGGCCAUCGUCUUCGCCCUCCUGCUCAUCCGAGAGAUGGGCAGGGGUGACAGCUACACCGUUGUAUUACGAGCCAUCUCCGCUCGCUAG